CGUUCACUUCACUGCGUUUGAGUCACGUCAGUCAGUCCACUGUCCACGAUCCACGUCAGUCAUUCGGCUUCAGUCAGUCGUCGUACUUACGUGGUGCCUACAUUGUUUAUUUGUUGAUCAUUUAAUAUUUUUCACCUUUAACUGUGGUGCUGAUAUUGGUGUUAUAUUAUCUGAGAUGGCAGUUUCGAAGACUACGAACACCUACAAUCGACAAAAUUGGGAAGAUUCUGACUUCCCGAUAUUAUGUCAGACGUGUUUGGGCGAUAACCCAUACGUACGAAUGACCAAGGAAAAACAUGGAAAGGAGUGUAAAAUAUGUGUACGUCCUUUCACUGUAUUCCGUUGGUGCCCUGGAUCCCGCAUGCGCUUCAAGAAAACGGAAAUCUGCCAGACCUGUUCCAAAUUGAAGAAUGUGUGCCAAACAUGCCUUUUGGACCUUGAAUAUGGGCUUCCGAUUCAAGUUAGAGACGCUGCUCUCAAAAUUCAAGAUGAUCUACCACGAAACGAAGUCAAUAAGGAGUAUUACAUACAGAAUCUGGACAGUCAGAUGUCAAAGUGUGACGCAAGUCAGCCAAGCAACUCUGCAUUGAAAUCGAAGGGUGCUUCGGAUCUGUUGUCACGUUUGGCUCGUACAGCUCCAUAUUAUAAGAGAAAUAGACCACAUGUUUGCUCUUUCUGGGUGAAAGGAGAAUGUCGUCGUGGAGAAGAAUGUCCAUAUCGCCACGAGAAGCCCACUGACCCUGAUGACCCAUUGGCCGACCAGAACAUCAAGGACAGAUAUUAUGGCGUAAAUGACCCUGUAGCCGAGAAGUUGAUGCGUCGAGCGGCUGCCAUGCCGGCACUACUUCCACCUGAAGACAACACGGUCACAACACUGUAUGUGGGCAACCUUCCGGACAACAUCAACGAAGAGGAACUGAGGGGCCAUUUCUAUCAAUAUGGAGAAAUCAGAUCCGUAACUCUGGUGUCUCGAGCUCAAUGUGCCUUCGUUCAAUACACAACGAGGAAUGCAGCGGAACAUGCAGCAGAGAAGACGUUCAACAGACUCGUGAUCGGAGAGAAGAGGCUUACCAUCAAGUGGGGAAAAUCGCAAGGUCGACAAGGUGCAAAUGAGCAUAAUGAUAUGGCUCCGAGGUUGGAGCCAGUGCCUGGGCUUCCUGGCACAUUGCCUCCACCGCCAGCAUUCUUGCAUUCAUUCCCACCUCAGAUGCAGCCACCUCCAAAUCGUACGAACGACUUUUUCAACCUUCACCAUUAUGGAGGCCCGGGUUGGCCGGCGUGGGUCGGACCGCCGAUGGGACCCGGCGCACCGCCCCCGGCGCCGGCGGGGCACCACUACCCCAGCCAGGACCCCAGCCGGCUUGGUGCCCACGCACACGCGAACGCGCUUCGAACACAGUGUUAAUUGUAAUUGUAAACUUUGCGAUCAUGUUUAAGAAUUGUUGAUUGUAGAUAAAAGCUGUUUGCAAAUAAGAAGUUGUACGAUAAUAAUCAAGUAGGAUUAGGCACAGGUCCAAAUAGGACCAGACUGUAAGAAAUGUUAAACACUUAGCAUGCGUGUGUAUAAAUAGGAAAAUAGAAUUAAUAAGGUAUAUUUUGUAAUGAUACAUUAGUAUCGUAUGUGAAUAAUAUACAAGUUUAACGUUUAAA